AUGAUGUAUGGUAGUGAUCAGGACGCUGGAAUGGGGUAUGGCAGUGAUCAGGAUGUUAGCACAAGGUAUGGUGGUGAUGAGGACGCUGGAAUGGGGUAUGGUGGUGAUCAGGACUUUAGCAUGAAGUAUGGCGGUGAUCAGGACGCUGGAAUGGGUAUGGUGGUGAUCAGGAAGCUGGUAUAGGGUAUGGCGGUGAUCAGGAUACUGGUAUGGUGUAUGGCGGUGAUCAGAAUGCUGGUAUGGGGUAUGGUGGUGAUCAGGACUUUAGCAUGAGAUAUGGCGGUGAUGAGGAUGCUGGAAUGG